AUGGCACAUAUACAGAAAUUCACACCAUUGCCACAAGAAAAAGAAAUUCCCCUCCGCUUGCGUUUCAUCUCCCGUCCUCGCUCUGCUGGUAAAAUUGCACGAGAAUUUUGCAAAACUGAUGUAGUGGGUUUUUUAAAUCCCGUCUCCAAUGGUACUGGGGCAGGGAAGGGAUCAGUAGCCAUCCCCUUGGGAUUGGCAGCCAGUCCUGGGCUAAACAUAGCUUCUGAGAGGGGGAAAAAGCCCCGUUUCCCCUUGUGGUUCUUUUUAUUAUUAACUAAUAACUUAAACCCCCAUCUAUUAAAGCUUCCACGUUUUUAUGCGGACAAUCAAAAGAGAAGCAGAAGUUUUAACUGCCUUCUUUCCUGUGUAUCUGACUUUUUUGAGGAGGAGGGAACAAAGUUUGUCAUCCUAAGACACCAGACCUUUAACGAGGCUCAGGUAACCUCUGACAGUGCUUAUGGUGCUAACAAAGCCUUUGUAGAAGACUUUGAGACUUCAAUCAGCAUUGACUUUCCAGAAGAUGAGGAGUAUGUUGGUGAAGUGCUAGACUGUGGUUCUUCGGAUAUAUCAGCUCAUGGAAGAACAGAAGAAGCUCAGCACGCAGAUGAAAAAGAUGACAGAAAUAGCAGUAUCCCAGAAGUUGUGAUCACACAGGCAGAUGAGGAGCUAAUGCUGCCCGCUUCUUGUUUACAAUGUCACCUGAAAGUGAGAACAGGCAUUUGCAUGGCAUUGUUGGUGCAUGAGGAAUGGGUGGUUGACCCAAAUACAAUCCUAUCUCCUAAUUUUGCCAAGAUCAAAGACAUUUCUAGUGUUUUAUGUGCUGCCUCUCCAAUUGGUGAAGUCUAA